AUGUGUACGGGCGUAGACACUGGUGGAAUGGUUGUCAAAGUGGGUAUUGUAACAUCCAGCGGAUCCAUUGUUUCCCGCAAGCAGGAGAAAUAUGACCCCGAUCACCACGAACCUCAGGACGUUGUGGACCGUGCGGUUCUUGUGCUCCACAAUGUGCUCUAG